CGAGUACGGCGAUGGCAACGGCGGACGGUGACCACCCCUCGCUCUCCUUCUAUUUCAGCAACGUCACCAGCUGGAACGAGAAGGGCCUCAGCUACCUCAAGCGCGAAGGGAGCCCGCUCAAGAGAGCACGCGUGAUUGGAAUAGCAGAGCACCACUUGUCGGGCAAGAAGCUCAACGAGGCAAAGAAGAAGGUUUCCAGGCUAGGCUGGGCCACGAAGGCCAUCCCAGCCGCGGCCACCGCUGGACAUGGAGUCAGAGGUGGGCACAGAGUGAUCGACUACUGCCUAGUCUCGGAGAAGAUCAGCGGCCUGGUCAAACUGAACUGGGACUUGCUGGGCCCGUGGGCAGCCCCGCACUAUGGCAUCAUAGGAGAGCUCCUGUGUGCCCCUGAGCUGGUCAUGCAGAGGAUCUUGGUGCAGCCUGCGCCAAUCAUGGAGGCGGCGGGCCCCGACCGCCCGUGGAGCCGCCACCUGCAGAAUGUCCAGGACAGGAUUGCCCAGGGGAUGCAGCACCCGAUGCUAGAGGGGAAGGUGCUGGGCUCAGUGGACCACGUCUACAUGGAGUUCGCGUCGGCGGCGGAGGACCUGCUGCUGGCGAGGUUGCCUGACGCACGGGCAGCCUCUGAUGGUUUUCGGGGUUCGUACCCCGAGUCUCGCCUCGUGCCGCUGCUAGCCACCAAGCCCACUGGAUGGCUUGCACAGACUAACACGCUCUCUCACUGGUCAGCCUUGCAGGCGCGUUUGCACGCGCUGCUAG